AUGACAAGUCCCAUCGACGCUGCCGCCACCAAGGCUACCGCGACGGCCGCUGCGGCACAAGUUGAGCUCGACGCAGCUCUUGCCAAGGCGGACCUUGACGCCAAGGCCGACAACUACGCCCAAUGGCGCGGCCUAUUCGAGGUCGCCCUGCAAAAGUUCACCCUCGACGACCACAUUUGCGCGUCUUCCUCCUCUUCCCCCGAUGCGCAGUGGCUUCAUUUCGAUGCCCUCGUUCGCUCAUGGCUGUACGCCGCCGUCACCCCGAACCUCCUCGCCAUGGUGAUGGACACCUCAGCCACGGCCUACACCAUUUGGUCGCGCAUCGAGGGCCUCUACCGCGACAACGCCAACACACGCGCCAUCUACCUCGAGCAGGAGUUCCACAGCCUCAUGCAGGGGUCCUUGUCGGUGGCGGAUUAUUGCCACAAGCAAAAGUCUCUUGCCGAUGAACUGACUGUUGUGGGCACACUAGUUCUGGACAGGAGCCUCGUCCUCAACACUCUGCGCAGACUGAGCCCUCGCUUCGCGCACACGCGCACAUUGAUCUCCAUGCAGCGUCCUCUUUCGUCGUUCUUGGAGACCUGUUCCGCUCUCCUCCUUGAAGAACUCACGUUCGGGACAGAUGCAUCAAGCGACUCCUCCAACCCGUCGGCUCUAGUCGCAUCUUCGGCCGGCCUGUCCAACAAAAACUCCACUGGCGGAUCUUCCUCCAACACAUCGGGCGGCCACCAGUCUCGUGGUCCCUUCACCAACUGCGGUAGCAACAACUACCGUCGCCGUAACAAUGGUUGCGGCAGCGGCUCCUCCAAAGGCGGCGGUGGCAACAACAACAGCCAGGGCUCCGCUCCCUGGCUGUCUCUCCAGAACCCGUGGGCCGGGUCCAUCCAAAUGUGGCCUGGACAAGGGCCCUAG